AUGGCAAUUGCAUUCCUGGUGGCAUGGACCACCGCAAUUACUGUGGGACCGAAAGACUUCAGAUCCUUCGAUUCCUCUCACUACAAGAGCUUCAGCGAGGAGCUCACGUGUGUUGAGAACGUCCAGCAGGGGUUCGACCACUUUGCCAUUCAGUCGGAGCUGGGCCAGGAGCUCACCCCGGUGGAGCUUCAGAACUUCCGCGCGCGCGUUGUGGAAGAGAUGGAGUACUUGUGCAAGCACCACAACAUCACCAGACACGCAGAGUACAUUGCAGACUUUAUGCAGGCGCUGGAAGACGAGCGUCCUGUGUUGACAAGCAAGAUGCAGGAGAUUGUGAAGGAGCAGUACCGCGAUGUGACUUUCGAGUUUGCGGACUGGCUGGCCAAUUUCUCUUCCAUCGACAUCCAGCACCUUACCGGUCUGAAGCCGCAGACCGGGCCUCACGACAACAGGACCCAGCUGCUGCAAAUGAGCCAGGGCACCGCGGAGCGCUUGCAGAAAAGCAAGCUCCUAUCCAGCUUCGAUGCCCGCAGCCAUUGGCCCCGCUGCAGUGAGAUCAUCGGCAUCUUCAGUGGCCCCAGCGCUCAGCUCUCUCGUGGCUUCGUCACAUCCUGCACCUACGAGUCGAGGAGGGAGACCCGGGGGUCCCCGACGGGAGGGGACGCAGGCUGCUCGCCGUACUUUGGGCACGGAGCCGGCAAGGAUCACUUCCACCAGUCAACUGCACCACCUCCCUGCCCCACGGAGUGCGCCAACAAAGCCUUCCCCAGGCCCAUGCUUAAGGACACCUUCUAUCCACAAGGCGCUCACCUUCGCGUCAAUCUCUUCCAAGAUUAUGGCAAUGGCCAUGGCCCAGCCGCAUCCGCCGCACACCAGCUGGUGCGUGAGGCGAUUAUGACAGGUGGGCCGGUGGCGGCGCUCAUGCAUGUCGAUGACCCGUUCUUCGCGUACAAAAGUGGGGUCUACACUCACGCCUGCGAACACCAUGCCAAUCAUGUGGUGGUCGCCAUUGGCUGGGGACCUGACAGCUGGCUCUGCUUGAGCUUGGCAGUGAAGAACUCUUGGGGCGAUGAUUGGGGUGACGGCGGCAGCUUCCGGGUAGGCCUCUGCGUGCUGACCGAAGUUUACAUCCCAACCAUGAGCCUGGAGGGCAGCAACGCGGAAAAUUAUGCAUUUCCCUUGGAUGGUAGCACCGAGACUCCAGCCCCCGGGCUGAAUCCUGCAGCACGGUACCCCUCUCUGGACGUGGGCAUUGCAUCCUUGGGGUUCUGGACUGUGGACAAGCACUGUGAUUGCAAGAACAGCUGUCAGCCUAGAUGGGGUGGGACCUCUGCCUGCAGCGCUGAUACAGGGUGCCAGGGCGACUUUUGGGACCAUCCUUGUGAGCAAAAACCAUCGACUGGACUGCUACUGACCAAAGCCUCCUGUGACUUUGAGCUUGCUUGUACUUGGACAAACGAGGGUACCACCGAUUGGGCAAUGCAAUCCAGUGCUGCCACAAACUACGUCUACCUUCAAGGUAUAUUGAAGAUGGCCAUCUACCAGAGCCCCACGCUGGACGAUGCCCAGGGCUACACCUUGACCUUUGCCUAUUAUAUGAAGGGGAUUUCCGUGGGCUCUCUGGACGUCGAGGUUGGGGAUGUGCAUGGACAUUUCCACUCCAUUUGGCGAAAAAGCGGCCGUCAGGGUGACGAUUGGCAGACGGCAUCCCUGAGCAUCAGCGCAUCUGUGGCCAUUCGGUUCGUUGGACAGACACAGAGCAGCGACAUGAUAGGUGUCGAUGAUGUCCUGCUGAUAUCCCAAGGUGCCGCCGCCGCCACCACCACCACCACGACCACCACCACAACGACGUUGUCCUUGUCCUGUGACUUCGAGGUUUUGUGUCCCUGGACCAAUGAAGGAGAGAUUGCUUGGAAAGAGAACAGAUACGACGCGCCAACUGGUAGUACAGGCCCCUCUGGUGCCGCCUCAGGGAUUGGCUACAUCUUUGUGGAGGCUAGCCAGGCCAACGCCGUCCCGAAGACAGCCAUCUUCAAGAGCCCCGCGCUGGACAAUGAACAAAACUACACCUUAGCCUUUGCUUAUCACAUGAAGGGAGACCAAAUGGGCUUUCUGGAUGUUGAGGUUGUGAAUGUUUACGGAAGACAUUCUGUUUGGCACAUGGCUUGCCAAUCAGGGUGA